AACACCAAGAGGUCAAACACUGCCGAGUACCGAUCGGCGGUCGUCGCGGUUAGUUGGUUUUGGUGGUUGUGCGAAGAUUAUCGCGUGUUUAUAGCUUAAGUGUUAGAAUACAAAUAGGAAGUUAAAAAAUUUCCUUUGGUAUCCUAAUAGCUGUAACACAGGAUAUAACCUUAUUGAAACUUGUGUUUUUCGCUACGAUAAAGGCACACAGUUUUUAAUAGAAAAUUGAAAUCCACCGGAUAAAUUCAUCGCAAACGCCACAAAGCAUCUAACAAAUGGACCUUUUAGAGUAAUGAAGAUUACGUUUGUUGUAUUUUUGUUUUUCAUUGCGUCGCCUGUAUUGGGCACGUUGAUCAUAGUAGAGAAGACCAAGGAAAAAGCCCUGGAAAUAACACACAAGUACCCAAAUUGUCGUGUUCAUUAUGGCAGGGACAAAGUGCAGCGGGUAAUGUCAAUAACAAAACCGUUGUUGAUAUACGAACCCCAAAGCGAUCAGUCGAUAGAUUUACUUUCAAAAGUCUGCGAAACGGCAUUUAAAGGACCAAGUAAAAAUACUGGAUUCAUUUAUCCAGGAACAAAAUGGUGUGGACCAGGUAAUAUAGCUAAGAACUAUACCGAUUUGGGAGUUUAUAAAGAGGAAGACAUGUGCUGCCGUGAUCAUGAUCAUUGCACAAGGAUUUUGGAAACAGGCCAGUGUUAUUUUAAUCUUUGCAAUACUUCUCCUUAUACGAGGUCGCACUGUGAAUGUGAUAGAAAGUUUCAACAUUGUUUGAACAAAAUCAAUUCACCAACGGCCCAUACACUUGGUGUCAUAUUUUUUAACAUUGUCAAAGUAAUGUGUUUCAAAGAAAACUGUUUAUUUGGGGAAUGUAUUCAAAGAUUUGAAAUCAUACCAAAUUACCAUCAACAAGGACGAAGAAGCCAGCGUAUGACAACAGACAGACUGUUUAACGUUUUUGUAAACGUCGCAUCAGAUUUUUUGCGUUUUGCAUUGUAAAAAUAUUAAUAAUAAUAACAAAAUUUAGUGUUGAAAAUUAAUUUUUUUAACUCUAUAUUAAACAGUGAAAACUGUAAAUAUUGAAACUGAUGCUUUCAUAUAUUGUUAAAUAUUUAUCGCUAUUAUUAUUACCUAAAUGUGAAAUGUAUUAUUCAAGAGUAUUGUGUCUCAACUAUUUCUUGAAAAUCUCAGAAUAAUUUAUAUGAUUGUACUUGCCAAAUGUAAAUUAAUUAUAU